UGUUUCCUUCAUUCGUUUAGGUGACCAUCGUCCAUCAGAUCGGUCCGCCAAUAUAGACAAGAAAUGUAUGUGUCUACAGACGCACAGACAGACAGACAGGCAGGGAGGCAGACACCGCCAGACAGAGAAGCGGACACCACCCCACACACGCAUCUACGCAUCAAUCCGCUCGUCCCUCCCUCCCGCAUCAGUCCACCCCUAGCCCUUUGUCAUGCACACAUCCAUCCAGCCGGCCCCACCCCACCUCAUCCGCACAAGCCAUGGAAGUAUCUUAAAAUACACACACCCAGCGAGCAAACGGACGAGCAAACACGUAUAUAUGCACAUACACCUACACACCCUUCUCUCCCUCGAUUGGUUCUUCUACAGCUAAAAGCGAUCGGCCAGUGGUGUGUCAGUCAGUCCUUGGCCUGAUUGAUGUAUUAGGGUUUAGGGUUUAGACCUCGCAAGAGCACUCGUUACGGAAAUCACUCCAGAGGCAAUAUGAGUACACGUUAGGACCCGUGCAGGCGUGGUCAUGGCGGUCCGCCUUGCAGGCCUCUGGGGGUUUGAGCGUUCCGCAGUCGAAGCUUUCCUCAGGUGAAAGCAUACAGACAUACAGUGAGGGAAUACAAAAGAACAGAGGUAUCCAUUGCAUACGCACACACAUACCCGUGCUGCUGAAAUUGUUGAUGGCUUGGAGGGCGUUUGCGGCCAUCGUGCUGGACGCCUGGCUCAUCUGGCUGGACGCAUCCAUCAUGCUCUUGGCCUGCUGCACGUUCUGCUGCACGAGCGACAGAUGGCCAGAGACACCUGCACACACACAUUGCACACACCAGGCAGCAACACAGAUCCAUCCAUCCAUCCAUCCAUCCAUGCCACCACGGGCGCAGUGCAUUCAUCUCCCUCGCAUCUGUGUGAGCCGUGCAUGUGUGUGUGCCGCACACACCGUUGUUGCUGUGGGUGGCGGCGGUCUGCAGGCGGGAGAUCUCGUUAGUGCGACCCACAAACGACGCACCUGCACACAGCGGACAGCACACAGCGGACAAGUAGAACAGCCACAUAUGGCUCAGGAGUGAUGUAUACGCCAUAGAUCUGGUCAGAUGCACCCACCAGUGUAGCAGUCCUCGCCCUAGCAGUAGUUGCUGUACAUGGCCGAGGCCACAGCUACGGAACAGACGGCCGCCAAGGCGAUGAGGAGCGCAUACGAGGGACCCUUCAUCGCUGCCAGCAACCAAAUCGAAAACGCUCUUUCUCGGAACAGACGCAGAAAGCGCGAAACACUUGCCGAGAUGCCAGGGCACCGCGAUCCUCCCCUCAAAUCCGAUCACAUCCACAUGCAUUUGGAUUGAGGACAUUUGGAUUGAGGACAUCGGAGCGGUUGAGGAC